UCUACAAUGACGUUGCUCACUCGGUAGUAGACUCUUCUCCUGGGCGCUCCUUGCUUUCCUUCAGAGAGCUGCUUUUGUAAACUCAGUCCCGGGAAACCAUGGCCGAGCAGGUCUCGGGAUCCACCCGGCAACCGCAACAUGACGGGGUUAUACAGCAGUCAGCGGCAGAGCAAGAGCAAGAAAGAGCCGACUUCCUGAAGCUCAAACAACAGCUGGAGAUAGAGUUCAACCAGAAACGAGCCAAGUUUAAGGAACUCUAUCUGUCUAAAGAAGAUGAGCUAAAGAGGCAAGCUGCUAUAAUGGAGAAGGCCCAGGCCGAGCUGAGCAGGGUUCAGGCCCAGUUGGAUAAUGCUCUGGCUGAGAUGGAGAACAUUAGAGCUGUGGCCACCCUAUCUGAGAGCACAAAGCAAGAAGCCAUCGACCAGGUCCGACAGCAGUGGCAGGAGGAGGUGGCCUCACUUCAGGCUAUUAUGAAAGAUGCAGAAUGUGACUUCAAACUGCAGUUCCAGCAGAAACUUGAGCAGGAGCGCUCUCAGUGGGCUCAGUAUCGUGAGGCGAUGGAGCGUGAGGUGGCCGAGCUGCGCCGCCGUCUCUCUCAGGGACAGGAGGAGGAGAAUUUAGAGAAUGAGAUGAAAAAGGCUCAGGAGGACGCGGAGAAGCUGCGCUCAGUGGUGAUGCCAUUGGAGAGCGAGAUUGCAGCUCUUAAGGCCAAACUGACAAGCUCGGUGGAUCGGGUGAAAGAACUGGAGGCAGUAAAGGGGAAGGAGCUCAAUCAUGUCCUGGAAGCUGAGAAAUCAUGCCGCACAGACUUGGAGAUGUACGUCGCGGUCCUUAACACACAAAAAACUGUCCUUCAAGAGGACGCAGAGAAACUUCGAAAGGAACUCCAUGAAGUGGUUUAUUUAUUGGAGAUGGAGCGGCAACAGCACAAUCAGCUGAAACACACUUGGCAACGGGCCAACGAUCAGUUCCUGGAGUCACAGCGGCUGCUGAUGCAAGACAUGCAACGCAUCGAGAACGUGCUGUCCUCCGAGCAGCUGCGGCAGGUGGAGGAGAUGAAGAAGAGGGACCAGGAGGAGGAUGAGAAAGAGAGAAUGAGUCAAGCUAAAGAGGCAAGUGAGGAUGAAGUGACAGAACAUGCAGAGGCAGUGGAAGAUUCUCUGCUCGGAUUCUCUAUAGAAGAGUCUCACCUCAGCCAGAGCAUUCACAGUUCUUUGCACUCACUGGACGCAGACACUCCGGGCCGUCCAGACGGCUCAGACCCUUAUAAGGACGGUCUUCGGAGGGUUCAGUCCACAGACAGCCUGGGUUCUUCAGGAGGGACACUACAGCCUCACGGGCUGGGUGGACAAAACAACAAGGCCAAGUCAGCCAGCCAGUUGGAUGAGUCGGACUUUGGUCCUCUAGUGGGGGCAGACUGUGGGGGCUUUGACAGCAUGGAAACCUCCUCCAUAUCCUCCCUUCAGCCGGGACAGUUUCUCCUCACCAAAGACCAAGAGAAGGCCAUUAAGGCCAUGACUCCAGAGCAGGAGGAGACCGCGUCACUGUUGUCCAGCAUCUCUCAUACAGCCGAUAUGGCUUAUUUGCCUCCGUCUGGAUACCGAUUGGUCAGCGAGAGCGGGUGGAGACUUCUGCAGCAAGAGCUGAAGAAUGCAGGAAGGAAGCUGGGCCGGAGAUGUGAUAUGUGCUCCAAUUAUGAGAAACAGCUGCAGGUCAUUCAGGGACAAGAGGCCGAGACUCGAGAUCAGGUAAAGAAGCUUCAGGCGAUGUUACGGCAGGCAAAUGAUCAUUUGGAGAGGACGAUGAAUGAGAAGCAGGAGUUAGAAGACUCUGUCAAACAGGCCAAUGAGGAGACUGCUGCCAAGAUCUCAGAGUUGAUGCAGAAAGUUCAGGAGUCUGAAUCUGUAGUCGGCGCUCUUCAGCAGACCUUCAGUCAGGCCAAGAGGAACACCCAGGAACAGAUGGCUAUCUUGCUGCAGUCCAGAGAGCAGGUAACAGAAGAGUUGAACAGACUGCAGAGAGAUAAUGAUAGUCUUCAGGGUAAACACAGACUUCACCUGACACUACAACAACAAGAGGACUUUCAAAUGCCCACCACUGUACAGGAGCUGCAGCAGCUGGUGAUGCAUUACAGGGAGGACAUCAUCGCCGCCCGCACGGCUGCAGAGCACUUGGAGGAGAAACUGAAAGCAGAAAUUCUGUUCUUAAAAGAACAAAUCCAGGCAGAACAGUGUCUGAAGGAGAACCUGGAGGACACGCUGCAGAUGGAGAUAGAGGGAUGUAAAGAGGAGAUUGCAUCUUUUUCCAGCCUUAAAACCGAACUGGAGCGAGUGAAGAGUGAAAAGGAGCAGCUGGAGAGCAGUUUGACAGAAAAGAGCCAGACAUUGGAAAGCGUACAGGCCCUGAAGAACAGUCUGGAGGAACAGUUGAAAGAAACCCGCAGCACCAAGAGUGCUUUGGAGAAUCAAGUGUUUGAAGAGAAAGACAAGUCUCAAAGACUUCAGACUGAGCUGGAUGUCAGCGAGCAGGUCCAGAGAGACUUUGUCAAGCUGUCCCAGACUCUUCAGGUCCAGUUGGAACGGAUCCGACAGGCGGACUCAUUACAGCGCAUCCGGGCCAUCCUCAACGACACUAACUUUACAGACAUCAGCCAGCUUCCUGAGACAUGAUGAUGUCACUUCCUCCUCAUGACUCCAGCGCUCAUAUAAACACACGCUCACAUACGUACUCCCCCUCUGUCCCAGCUCUGACCCAAUUUCAUCUCUGUGCCCUUCCUGGCGAGACAUAUCUAGGCCCAGGGGGGUCUGAAAUGAGCUGUGGGUUAAAAGAACAAUAAUUUAAAGUCAAAAGGUAAAAUGAAUGGUGCGGGAAACGUCCUGAGAGAGCCAUCACUACUGACACCUGCUACUGCUAUUGAAAUAUUGUAAAGCGUGUAAAUACAUUUGCAAGGAGCAAGAUAAAAAACUGAUGUCUGAAGUCAAGACGGGUUUUAGACGGAUUUGUGUCUUGUUGCAGUUUCCACUGUGGAUCUAGAAAGGAACUGCUGUUUUUUAAUGAAAUCGAGUCAAUGAUAAUUAUCUACCUUGACUAUUUCAUUUAACUGAUUCUGCCAAAGUUCUCCCCUCUGUUCUUCUUACUUUUCUCUCCCGCUUCUCUUUCCAUCUUCCGAGCCAGAAUCAGUGACAUAUGAAGGAAGUUCACACCUGAUGUGUUUUGUACAUACGUGUAUACAGAUUAUAUGUGUAUAUUGCAUUAGAUAAAUUAAUACACGAGACUGUGACUCUCCCCCUUGACUCGCCCCUGACAGACGUCUUUCUCCUUGUCAGCCAAUCAUUUCAUUGGGCUGUAUUGUGUGACCUGUUUUUCUUCUACAUAAAUCUGAGACCCUUCUUGAGAUAUUGCCUGAAGUUACUGCUACUCGGGUUGUAACCGACGGGUAUUUUUGCUUGUUUUUUGUUACGGAUAUCUCAUACAUCAUACAGCUUCAUCUGUUGUUUAAUCUGAUUACAUUCACAGAUGUCUGCUAUUUAGUACCUGGUGUAAUUCAGAUGUACAUUUGAUUUACAUAUAGCGAUUCCAUUUAUACUGACUGUUUUGGAAGUUUUUUUCUUUUCAGUCUCAUAUCUGCAUAAUGAUAGACACCUAACAGUAGACUAAUGAAAACACACUAUGGUUAUUAUUUACAACAACCGUUGGGAUGUCCUGUGUGGCUAAAGUACAUCUUGAAAGAUGUUGAUUUUUGUGUACUACAGUAAGUGGUCCCUGAACUUAAAAUGAUCUGCAGAACCAAAGUUAAUCCUCUUGUUGAUUCGCGUACUUAAAGCAACAUUUGUACUGGUAAAAUCAUAUUGAACAUAUGGAAAAACUUAGAAACAGGGUUUGUUGUGUUGGAUAAUCUUCUGCUUAGAGAUAACAAAUGGCAACCUAACCAAACUACAAGAAAUCUGAAACGUAUUGUGUGCGCUCUAUAUUCAGAAAUAAGAAUAAACAUCACGUAUUUAGUUUCUUACAAUAAUUGUCUGAUCGAAGUGGCAUGUGAUUUUUUUUAGGUUGUGUACCUAUGCUGAAAUAUUUAUUUUAUUGGGGUGUGUAUUGAAACCACCCAUAUGAAAUUUAGAUGUAAGGAUAAGCCUUCUUGUGAAAAUAUUUUUCAAAAUUAUAAAAUGAUUAGAGGAAAGUUCCACUUUUAACACAAAAACUAAUUCUCAAGAAAUAUUUUAAUAGCGAUUGAAAUUUGACUAGAUUUUUAUGUUGUUCCUUGUAGCGACCUCCUUUUUUGAGUUAGACUUUGUCAAAGUUUGUCAUUGUAUGACCUUUGAACUUCAUCUGAUUUAAAGGGAUAGUUCACCUAAAAAUGUUCGUCCUUUAUUCACCCUGAUAUCAUUCAAAACCUGCAUAACACUUUCUUCUGUGGAACACAAAAAAAGAUAUUUUAAGAAAUGUCUCCACGGUUUGUACCAAUGUUUUUGGUUACCAACAGUUAUCAUAACAUUUGUAGCAACUUUUUCAAGUCUAGCGGGCACUAAUGAAAUUACGCUAUAAAGACUUUUCUCCACUCAGUCUUUUCAGAUGGGUCUGUGAUGUGAUCGUUCAAAUGCUUCAUCACAUUUACAACAGUUAUAUUUCUAUUCGCAUGAUGUGUUGCAUUGCAGAAGCCCUUGCGAUUUAUAUACUUUACUGUGUACAUAUCACUGUAUAUAUCUCUAUAAUAAAACAAAUCGAAACGA